GAUCUCGAUCCACUCGAGUUUGGAGGCAAUGUCACCUGGCAAGAGCCUGCCGUCUCCGAUCGAGUUCAGGACUACCUCCUCUACUUUGCGGAAGAUGCAAUAGGCACCAAUCGCAGUCCCGUGGGCAGCAUCGUGCCUGUCGGCACUAGUCGAGAGCUUCUGGCUCCGGAGAUCUCUCAGCUCCCUGCUUUCACCCACUUGGUGAUUUACACGCGCUCCUACCUGGUGGAGCAAACGACGCCAGGGUACUUUGCGCUGUCAGACACGAUCUCCAUCGUUUCUAGCAUCGUCUUCGAGGAUCUCGAUCUGGAUUUCAACGACCUGGGCUCCAACAUCACAUGGACAGAGCCAAUUGUGAACCAGCAGGUCACGGAGUAUUAUGUGUACCUUGCAGAUGGCUCGGAACCUGCAAAGACCUUGGGUGAUAAUGGCAAUAUGCCAUGGACAGGCCGCUCGCAGCUCGGCGUAGUUUCCGUUGGCACGGACAUGCUGUUUGUGCCGCCCGAGACUCCCAGGAAUGGCUACAGUCAUGUUGUGAUCUACGCUUCCUCGGAUUUGGUCGAGCCGCUUGGGCCUACAGCUGGCCAAGCCCGGCAGACGACUCCGCAGUAUCUGGUCGUCCACGACGCCAACGCCAGCGUCUCCAACGUGGAUUUCGUUGGCAAAGAUUUGGACCUUGAGGACCUCGGCGGGGUGGUCAGCUGGAAUGCCCCAGGUUCCGACUACGACCGCGUUUUGUCCUACGUGGUCUACCUUUCCCUGGAUGAUAUCGGGACCAACCGGUCGCAGAUCGAACAGGAUGUUCCUUACGGGACGAAUAUGUUGCUGACGCCACCAGAAACACCUCGCAACGCCUACACUCGGUUCGUGGUCUACACCAAGUCUACGCUGGUAGAGCAGACGACGCCAACUGCACACAGCCUCUUCGAUACCAGUGCCCUGGCCCGGAAUCUCGACUUCCUGGACAUUGACGUGGAUCGAGGCGAGCUUGCCGGAAAUCUGACCUGGGACCCACCUUCGGACGAGCUGCACGUUGUGCGCUACAAUGUCUAUCUCUCCGAGAACGCUUAUGGCCUUGGACGGCACUACUUGGGCAACGUCACCGUGGGAAUCUACGAGCUGCUUGUACUUCUGGAGUUGUUGAUUUGA